AUGUCAUUCACCCUCACCGUCCGCCAGGGCCCUGCGCGUCUUGCGCAGAGGCUUCCUGAGCUCUCAAAGACUGCUUUCCGCAACAACCGAAGCUUCCACGUCCAGGCUAAGCCUUCAGCCAACUUCUUCUCUUCGCGCAUCACUCCCGCCACCCGCAAUGCCUUUCAGCGAACAGGUCGUCGUUCUUACAACCAGCAAGCUCCCGUCGUAACAACGCCUCAGUCUGCCAGCCGACGACUUUUGGUUGGAGGUGCCAUCUUUGGUGGUACCCUUGUCGCCAUCAAUGCUGUCUUCAACCGGGAGACUCGUGAGGAUGGCGGCAUGCCCAUCUACGAGCGCGAAUACUUGAACAACACUUUCUUGCACACUGGUCUCGGAAUUGGUAUCAUUGGAUUGACGGCUCGACAAAUGGUUCAGACUGGCUUCGUUUACCGAAUUAUGGUUACCAACCCUUGGGUUGUUGGUAUUGGUGGUCUCGCUCUCAGCUUCGCUACCAUGAUUGGAACUCGAUCUAUCAGCCCUGACAACUACGUCCCCAAGUACGCUCUCUGGACCGCUUUCAACGCCACCCAGGCUGCUUUCGUCGCCCCUCUCCUCGCCUUCUGCCCUCCCGCUCUUCUCGGCCGUGCCGGUCUCUACACCAUUGCCAUGAUGGGUGGUCUCGCUGUUGUCGGUGCCACUGCUAAGCAGGAGAAGUACCUCUACAUUGGUGGUCCUCUCCUGGCUGGUGCCGCCAUUGUCGCUGCCUCUGGUCUCGCUCCUCUCGUUAUCCCCGCCACCGCUGUCCGAACUCUCGCCUUCACCGAGAGCCUCUGGUUGUACGGUGGUCUCGCUGUCUUCGGUGGUUUCACUCUGUACGACGUUCAGAAGGUCCUUCACCACGCCCGUCUCGCUCAGGCUGGUGUCAUCCGCCGUGACCCCGUCAACGAGUCUAUCUCUCUUGAGCUCGACUUCCUCAACAUCUUCAUCCGCAUGGUGCAGAUUCUCAUGAUGCAGCAGAACCGCCGCAAGUAA